GAAACCAUUGUGACGCAGAAAGGAACUCAUGUUCACAAACGGCCACUCACGCGAGAGCUCCGAUCUCCUCGUGAAGCAAAGAAAGACUGCUUGAACUUUUCCGACGACCCACAGAGAAAACCAGCUGCGUUGUACCGCUUUAUUGAGCGGCUCAGGUCCACCACGUUGGGGCAUGUGAACACGGACCAAGCGCUGCAAGCGCUGCGUCAAGAAUGGACCAAAUGGCUUCAGCCAGGUGGUGUCGCAGACGCAUCCGAAGGACGUCAUCAACCGACGAAUUGCUUCAAGUCGGAGAUGGCUCAGAUUUGGACCCGUUGCGAAUUGCGCUAUCGCAGCGUUGUUACUGAGCACCCAAACAUACGUGUUAUGGUACAUAUGGAUACGACGUUCAAUUUGAACAAGUCGGGGUACCCUCUGUUCGUCGUUGGGUACUCGGACUUUGGUGGCUCCUUUCACGCGCUUGGGCACCAGCGCCUAGGCAUGAUGUAUUUGGUUCAAAUCUUGUUACGACUGCUGUGCAGCGAGUCAGACAAGGCCAUCCCAUUCUGGACCCCCCUCGGGUUGGCGAACGCCUCCUCCAACACUUCAAACAAGUCCAACGGGCAAAUGCGCUCGAUUUCAACGAGGCAAUCGAGGAUGGUCCGAAUAUUUGGAACGUACGACAUCACGUAA